AUGGACUGCAGAAAGAUACAAGAUGUAGAAAACCUCAGAGAUGCCGACGGCAUCAUCCCUACUCACGCUUUUCCCGUCCACAAUCCUUCGGAGAAUACAUGCGAGAGCCCGGAAUUCAGCGAAGAUGAUCCCGAUAGUGAGGGUGAUUGCCAUCUCGGAUCUGAUUCAGGCUCUGAAGCCCUUCAGGAGCCCGGACCGAUUAUGCUCACAGUCGCCACGAAAGAAAACUUCACAAUUGAAGAACUAUCGGAUUUCGAUCCUAUGGACCAAGAUCGUACUGGCUUUAUUGGCCCUUCUGGCUUUUCCUCGCCUGCCUGCCCUCAAUCUCCUCCUCCGACUACCACCAUGUCUAACGAGUUACCCAACGCCUUUCUUCAGGACAUGCGCAGUUUCAACUUCAGCGAGUCUAGUUCUGAUUCUGAUGAGUCUGAUAGUAGCGCAACAUUUACCGAGUUCGCACGUGUGCAGCGCGAGCGACGUAAGCAACGCAAGGCGCAGAGGAGUCACGACAGUGGCAUUAGCAUUUCAAAUGGCUCGAGCUUCGGGAAGCGGACGGUAUCGGAGCGCAGCGACUCAGACAACGAAGAUUUGGCCCUGUUUAACCCGGAGUCGGUCGGCUCAACUGCGAGGAGGCUUAGGCGGAGAGUAGGCGAUCGUCGGAGCUUUCUCUCUAUGUCGUUCCAGGACCCGCCCCCGCCGCGUAUCAACGAGCUCGAAGAACCAGAAAGCGAGACUGAGGACACCUUGCCCUUCAAGAACCGAGAAAAGCUCGCCCGUGAGUUGCCGUACUGGUCUGUUGAGAUAAUGGAUUACGACAGCAAUAGCGAUGAAGCCUCCAAAAUCUACAAACCUUCUGUCGAACAAGAUGUACUGAAUAUGAACAUGAAAAGCACGAAUAGUGCGGGGGUAAACAAAUACCACGGCUUUGAGGCUUCAGAGUAUGCUGAUGAUAAGGUAAUGCCUUUUAAUCUGCCCGGGGAAUCAAACAAUGAGGCCAAAUCGUCCAAAAGCUCUCAGCAUCAUCAGGUUGCAACCUGGAUGGGUCACAAGCUACUUGGUGAUAGCGUUUUCAGGGACAAACAGGAUAAGGAAUGGCCAGAAAAAGACUCCGAUGUUUAUGUUAGCCCGACCAGUGGCAAACUGACAGCCAAGACGCCAGGAACUGAUAAGCGUACGGAGCAUGGGUAUCCGAUCACAGGGGACGAAGGUUUUCAGUCACAUCCUCCAGAAUACUCUACUCAUCAUAGUGGCCAAAUCAUCCGACAUAUGCCGAACCAGGGGAUCAGAAGGCAUGUGCCUGGCAUGAUGUUGGAGGAUAAACCUGCAGAGUCUGUUCGUCACCUGCCAAAUGAUGAUGAGAAAAACUCCACGUUUCCAGAGACGCCAGGUGUUCCAACGUCAGGAAAUGAGGGCUUCUUCUGGCCCAAACAGGAUAUAAAGGUCAAGGAAGCUCUUUGGGAAGAGAAGUGUAAAGCGGGUGAUGAAACUGAGCGGCCGGAGUGGGCAACCAAGUGCGAAGGAAAAGCUUGUGGGCAUGGGGGAAAUAGCAGCAGCUCCAUGUCUCAAGUCAACUUUCAAUCUACUUCUGCAAGCAAGCGGACUGCCAUCGAUGUCGCAGACGCUAACGAGCUCUUGAUAACGAAGAGUGGCAUACCUGGAGAGCUACAACCCGGCCCAUCACAGACGCAGCAGAUCCAGCAGACCCAAAAUUGCAGCAGCAUGGAAACCAGCAGUGUAUCAUCAGCAACUUUUGACAGUUCAAGUGCAUCUGAGGCCGAAUCAUUAUGGCUACUCUCAGAGUGCUCGGAAGAGCCUCCUGCACUUAACUAUGGGCAUCCCUUUCUCAAGCUGAAGGAUGUUGCCUUGCGAGUUACACUAGAAAGUUUCCGCAUAUGGAGAGAGUGUACCGCUGAAUCGGAUACUCCUACAACUGGUGAAUCAACGACUUCACAAGAUAAAAAGAGCGAUAAGGUGUCAAGGAAACGACAUAGGAAUCCUGAUUCGAAUGAAACGCCGGAUAAUGGUGAUGCAGACCAGGAUUCAAACCAAAAGACGACAACCAAGCGGCGCCGCACUACAGAGAAAAAGCUGACCUUUGCCUGCCCAUUCUCAAAGAAGGACCCUAUGAAACACAGGGAUUGUUACAAGUACAUGUUGAAUCGAAUCCGUGACGUUAAGCAACACUUGGCCCGUUGUCACCGAGUGCCACCGUACUGCCCGCGGUGUAUGGCUACAUUCUCGGACGAGGAUGCACGAGACGGCCACAUACGAGAUGAAGACUGCCCGAAACGGACAUUUGUCAAGUUAGACGGCGUUACCGACUCUCAAAGAAGCCAGUUAGCAAAGAAGGCACCUUCGAACCAGUCCAAAGAAGAUCAGUGGUUUGGUGUUUACGACAUUCUCUUCCUUGGCCAACCACGCCCUGCGUCGCCGUACAUUGAUAAUGACCUACUUCAGGACAUAACGCUGUACCAAGAUUACUUGUCAACCAAUGGACCGACAAUCCUUUCGGAGAUAUUGACUUCUAGGGGUGCAGUUACAUGGAAUCUGCCCAACGAGGAACAGGACUUAGCGGCUUUUCAGCGGUCAAUAUUUGAGGAGGGCCUUAGAGAGAUAUUUCAACGCUGGGCGAGCCAGAAUGGAAUUUCCUUGGCCCAGGAGACGACUCAGCCGACAGAAGAGAGCAGCAGCCGCGUGGAACAAGUUACUAUACGGGACUUUCUGAUGAAAUAUGGGGAGAAGACUUUAAUACACCACAACUGGAAAGCCUAA